AUGGCACCGCUAACCCAUCCUUCAAUUCAAGAUGGCUGGUUUCGCGAGAUUUCGUCUCAGUGGCCAGGACAAGCUAUGACUUUGAAGGUCAACCGAAUCCUGCAUACAGAAAAAUCUCUCUACCAGGACGUCCUCGUAUUCGAAUCAGAGACAUACGGAAACGUCCUUGUACUUGAUGGAGUUAUUCAGUGCACUGAGAGAGAUGAAUUCUCGUACCAGGAAAUGAUCGCUCAUUUGCCUUUGGCAAGCCACCCGAACCCCAAGAGAGUUCUUGUCAUCGGAGGGGGCGACGGAGGUGUUGUUCGCGAAGUCCUUAAGCACGACACCGUCGAGGAGGUCGUGCUCUGCGAUAUCGAUGAGGCCGUGGUCCGAGUGUCUAAAAUUUACCUUCCUCACAUGUCUAGCCUACUAGAGUCGCCGAAGGUCACGGUUCACAUCGGAGACGGAUUCAAGUUCCUCGCUACACACGAGGGCACCUAUGACGUGAUCAUCACCGACUCCUCUGACCCCGUCGGCCCGGCCGAAUCCCUGUUCCAGAAGCCCUAUUUCCAGCUCCUCCACGACGCCCUGACCCCAGGAGGCCACAUCUCGACUCAGGGAGAGUGCUUGUGGUUGCACCUCCCUCUCAUCAAGGAGCUCCGUGACAUGACCCGCGGAUUGUUCGCCAACGCCGAAUACGCCUACACUACCAUCCCCACCUACCCAUCCGGGCAGAUUGGCCACAUCGUGUGCGCCAAGGCUCCUGGACGCGACCUCAAAACGCCUGUGCGCGAUGUUCCAAACACCCGGUACUACAACAAGGCCCUGCACUCUGCUGCGUUCCAGCUACCGGAGUUUGCGCGGGUUUUCCUGGAGGAAGGCAAGGACAUCCGGCCUGUGUUCGGUCGCGAGCUGUUGAAGGCGCAGAACAAGCGGGAGAAGAAGAUCCUCCUGCUCGGCAGCGGCUUCGUUGCUCGUCCAUGUGCCGAGUACAUCGUCCGCGAUCCGUCGAACCAACUCACGAUCGCGUGCCGCACGCUCAAGUCUGCACAGGCUCUCGCAGCCGACCUGCCCAACACGACAGGGAUCUCUCUCGAUGUUAGCAACACCGAGGCUCUCGAGGAUGCUGUAGCUGCUGUCGACCUCGUUAUUUCGCUCAUUCCCUACACCCACCAUGCUGCGGUUAUCUCUGCUGCCAUCAAGGGCAAGACCCAUGUUGUCACCACCAGCUACGUAUCGCCAGCCAUGCGUGCCCUUGACCAAGCCGCCAAGGACGCAGGCAUCGUCGUCAUGAACGAGAUCGGUGUCGAUCCAGGUAUUGACCAUUUGUACGCCAUCAAGGUCAUCGAGGAGGUACAUGAGAAGGGUGGAAAGAUCAAGCAAUUCCUCUCGUACUGCGGCGGUCUUCCUGCCCCAGAUUGCUCCGACAACCCGCUCGGAUACAAGUUCUCCUGGUCUUCGCGUGGUGUCCUCCUUGCCCUACUCAACAACGCUUCGUACUACUCCCAAAAUCAACAGGUUACGAUUACAGGCAAUGAGCUUAUGGCCCAAGCCAAGCCUUACUACAUCACACCCGCCUUCGCCUUCGUCGCCUACCCUAACCGCGACUCGACGCCUUUCCGGGAGUUCUACAACAUCCCAGAGGCAGAGACCAUCAUUCGCGGCACCCUCAGGUACCAAGGCUUCCCCGAGUUCAUCAAGGCACUGGUGCAACUCGGCUGGCUCGACGCUACUGAGAAGGAGUGGCUCGUCGAGGGCAUCACCUGGGCCGAGGCGACGCAGAAAGCCACAAGUGCGAAGGAUGCGAGCGAGAGCACGCUGAUUGCGCGCGUCAAGGAGGUGUGCCAGUUCCCUGAUGAGCUCGAAGCGAACCGUAUCGUCUCGGGCCUGAAGUGGAUCGGCUUGCUCUCGAACGAGAAGCUCACGCCCCGCGCGGGCAACCUCCUCGACACGCUCUGCGCUCAGCUCGAGACUCUCAUGGCGUACGCCCCCGGCGAGCGCGAUCUUGUGAUGCUCCAGCACAAGUUUGUGAUCGAGUGGGCGGAUGGGGCGACAGAGGUUAGGACGUCGACGCUCGAGGCAUAUGGUGCCCCAACUGGGAAAGGUCACUCAGCGAUGGCCCUUACGGUCGGCGUGCCGUGUGGUAUCGCGACCCAGCUUGUGUUGGAUGGUGUCAUCAACCAGCCUGGCGUGCAUGCACCGUACUCUAAAGAGAUUUGUGACCCUCUUCGCGCUGAGGUCGAGAAGGAAGGCCUUGGACUCACCGAAAAGGUCUUGUAA